GGCCCGGCGUGCGAACGCAUCUCGAAGGCGGCGUUGGAGGCGCUGGUCGUGACGAACACCAUUCCGCAGGAGAAGAACAUGCGCGACUGCUCCAAGAUCCAGUGCAUUGACGUGAGUAUGAUUUUGGCCGAAGCCAUUCGUCGCACGCACAACGGCGAGAGCGUGUCCUACCUCUUCUCCAACGUUCCGAUGUAGAGGGCG